GACUUGACUGGCUGGCGCGGCGCUGGCUUCUUCUUCUGCAAUUUCUGCUCGACGUAUCUACUGAGCUGACUCUGAGUUAGUUCGAGUUAAAACAUUGUCCGUGGCAGACGUGUUUCUACAUUUAUAAAAGUUCUGUACGUUGUGUGUGCUGUGUAUUUUUUGUUGUUCCAUCCCCAGUUCCCACUGCGUUGUGUUGCAUAGAUAGAGAGCCACAGAGCAGAGCAUAAUACUUACUAAGUAGGAUACGAAAAAAGUUGAUCUUUAACCUAAUUUCAUUAAGUAUGCUCAAAUAAAGUGAAGAUCUUAAAAAGGGAAAAUACACCUAUUAGAUACAUUUUUUUAAUCGCGCCUAUUCGUCGUUUUCGUUUGCCUUUUUUGAAAAAGAAGUUUCGUGAAUGCCAUUAUUUUUAAGUGAGUUAUAGAGUUAGUGAGUGUUCAGUGUUGUAUCCAAGUUGAAAACCCCCUACGCGAUCGCUUUGCUGCUUAUGUACCUACGUACAUAAAUCUGAAAGUUUUUGUUUUUUUUUUAGUACCGUACCUACCUAUAUACCUACCAUACUUUUUAUUUGGCGUUAAACAAGUUUAGAUACCUACCUAGGUUUUUCUUAAAAGCCAACUAACUGCAGCCGCACACCGCACAUUCAAACGGUUUCUUCUGAAUGGACUAAUUACAAUCUCUUAUGGAUAUACUUACGUUAUUGUGAGGAACAUACCCAGCGGACAAAUGCAUGCGAAUAUAAUAUUUUUAUAUACUAAAAUGGAAACUCAAUAAAAUCAAAAUUCCACAUUCAAGAACAUCACAAUAAAAUUAAGGCAAUGUUCUCAAAUACAUCACAUCAAGGCGCUUCAGCAUACUGUACGCUGCCGUUUUCUCGCAACAAAUCCAAAGAUGAUGCCUUGAAAACCUCUUCGUUUGGCGACACCAAGCGAUUGUCUAAGCUCGAUGAAGAAACCACCUUAACAUCAUCAUACGGAACCGUGGGAAGGAAACUAAGACGUGUCAUUAAAUCACACGACGAUGCACUUCCGCCGUAUAAGAAACUCAAGCCCGAAUCCGAAGAAAAUGAAAAUAAUAGUUCGUUUGGUCUAUCGAAUAACCUUUCGAUAGAAUCAAUACAAAAUGCUUGCGAAUUCGCUGAAUUAAGCGAUGACGAUCGACCGCCAAUCUUUGAUGAACAACGUUUGACCAACGAACGGAGGUCCUUGAGGUCACCAUCAACCAUCAGUAAAAACCGCAAUAAAAGAAAAAAGGCUGAAAAUCCAUUCUGCACACUGCGCAGAGGUGGAGAAACUACUCGUUUGCCGGAUGGAACGUUUGAUAAUCUGAAAAGAGACCAUCACAAUGACAUCAUCAAUCACAGUUCGCUUACGCUUAACCAAGAAGAAGCAUUGAAUGUACUGAAUGAACUUGAUGCCAUCUUGGACAACCAUGCCAGCUCGUCUAGCAUGGAAUUGACUUCAUCCUCGGAGCAGACGGAAAAAGUCGAGGAUUGUCUCUUGGAAUUGGACACAUACUUGGAUGGGCUAGAUGACAAUAAGAGUCUUAAUAGCUCCAUUGACUGUGAUAAUGUUAAGGUGCUAAACAAAGCCCCCAAACGUCGACCUACAACCCUUCCAAAGAAUAUGCGUAGUAGUUUUACAAAUUCUAAAGGCUCCAAUGCUGGCUCUGGCAAUGACUCAUCAUCACUAAAUCGCGGUCAUGUGCUGAGAAAGACCAUUGGAAGUGGCAGUGCACUGCGGAGUAUGCGUGGCGGCGACCGCGGCGGUGUUGGUGACAAUGGAGUUAUUAAGGCCACAAAUAAUAACAUAUCUCUUUCAGGUAAAAUAACCAGAUCGACAUCCCCCACACGGAAAACAUGGCGCCGUAAUUCAAUGCGAAAGACAUCGCUUUUGGUUCUUCCCGAUCAUAUAAGGAGUGAGGAGGACCUACCUACAGCGGCGUCAGCGUCAGCGUCAUCAGUCACAUCAGAGGAGUUAUCUUCUUUGCCUCGAGAAAUUGAAGAUUCGACUGCAAGUGGCAGUGCUCCCCCACUUAGUACACCCACUAUGAGAAGAUGUAUAUCUCAGACUGACUUCACCCCCAGUGUACUGACGCCCUACGAUAUUCUGCAGGAAAUGGUCGACAGGAAUUCGGCAGAAGGGGAGGAAUGUUCUGAGGAUCGUCCGAGGCAAUUUGGACGUAGAGCUGAUGGUCAUCCGCGAAUAUUCUCCAUACGCUCCGAGGCAACAGGCAGUGGUAAUCAUUGCAUUAUUAUAAAUCAUGAUCGACCUAUGAGCGCCCCAGUUAACGGCUCCGUUGAUUGUGGUCGUCGUAAUCCAAAUACCACGUCACACCUGGCUGAUGUUAUUUGCUCAGGAUACAUUGGAUCGGAACCCAGUUCAGUUGGAUCAUCACGCAAUCCCAGUCCGGUUUCGUUAGUUUCUAGCACUGGGUCUAGCUCGAUAGGUUCAACAACAGCUGGCCAUUCGCCACGCAGGCCCAAUACUCCACCUCUGGAGAUUGGCAAUGUUCAGCCACGAAUUGCUCAUAUUGAUCCCGAUAACAAUCAGUCGGUACAGUUGGAUUUCAAUGCAGAGUGGCCGAAUUCGUAUAGUCGGAUAUUGGCCCUGAUGUGCUGUACGCUGGGGCUUUUUAACAUUAGUCGCUUUGCAAACCAAACAAUUCAUUAUGGAGGAAACUUCCUGCUUCAGUUCCUACUUCUUUCGGUUGUUUUUGGAAUUCCACUGUUUUGGUUGCAAAUUUGUCUUGGAGCCAAAAUAAAAGCUGGUCCGGUUUCGAUGUGGAAGGUCAGUCCAAUUUGCAGAGGCAUCGGAAUUGCUUUGGUAUUGGGACAAUGUGUCAUGGGAUUGUAUUCCACAGUCAGUAUAAGCUGGCUUCUAGUUUAUUUAAAGGAUUCAUUCUUAACAAAAGCCCAACCACUCUAUCGGUGGCAGGAAUCAUUUUAUCUCUAUCAUCGAACAACGAACGUCUCAGGAAAUCUAACAGAAACUGUUGCCGAUUAUUUCAAUGGAAUCGUUCUGCAGAGACUGCACUUGGGCAGGCGAAGUGAUGGCAGUGAUGUUCGGUUCCAAGUGAGCGAUAUGCAGCUCGCUUUCAAUUUGUCGAUCAUCUGGACAAUAGUAUUCUUGGUGCUUUGCAAAGGAUCAAAAUCAUUCGGAAAAGUUAUAUUAUUCUUGACUUUGGCUCCGCUGAUCUUAUUCAUUGUGAUCACAUUUCGACUAUUGUAUUACAUCGGAUUCUCAAGUGCUCAAAAUAUAUUCUCAGCCUCUGACUUUGAGGAUUUUUUGAUAAAUUCGAAAACCUGGACUGCGGCUGCCCAAGAGGCUUUUCUAACCUGGGGUUUGUUGGGAGCAUCUGUUAUAUCUGUUAGCAGCCGAAGUCAUGGGAAGACCAACAGCAAGGUGAUUCUUCGGCGUGAAGCAAUAUUGGUGGUGUUGCUGACUUUGUUAGGACUUUGCUUAGCGGGAGUGUUCGGGUUCUCUUGUGAGCAGAUUUUGCAUAAAAACCAUUACAUUUAUGUGCCAAGGUCAUACGAGUUCAUGGACUCCUACACUUCAGUGUAUUCUCUCAAAGGACCAAUAACACCUGCCCUUAUUUCAUUUCCAACUAAAUGGGUGCCACAUUACUCCAGCCUCCUGGGGGAAACCUAUCGUCGACCUCCACUGACUUCUGUUCGAGAGAGUGGGUAUCAGGCGCUACGUUUGAUAACUGAGUUGUUUCCGGCUGCAAUGGCUAUUGCUCAGGGUGACUUAUCAUGUAUUUGGACUGCACUUACCUUCUUCAUGUUCAUUCUGUUUGGGUUGGGACAGCUGUGCGUUAUGUGGAAGCCUAUCUCAAGUGGAUUGGGUAACUCGACAAGCUCAGUUCUAUUGAGCUGUGUGACCGCUUUGUUAUUGGGAAUACCAUUCGCCUCCGAAAUGGGUCUGGCUAUGAUACAUUACUUUGAUAUGGUGUUUGGAGGAGCAUGGUGGAUGUUGGUUUUAUGGACAGCGGAAAUUUUAGCGGUGUUUUUGAUUAGAGGUCGUCCUUAUAAUGGCGAUGUGCUAGUUAAUGAUUUGCGGAUGAACGGUUCGAUGUCGGCCUUCUUGGCUCUUUCCUGGAAUGUGCUUCUUCCGAUUGCAAUGAUUACUUUGGCUAUAAUCGAAUAUAAAGUUUCACUGACAAGCCAAUUCUAUCAUUGGCGUGGAAAGUCCUACUUUAGUUUUUGGACUCGAAAAGUUGGAGGUCUUACUCAAGUUUCGUUCUUACUCAUCGUACCGGUCACAGCAAUCAUUCAAAUAUAUCGAUAUCUUACAAAUGGUCCACCAGAUAUUUUAGAUCGUAUUCAGCUUCUAUACCGCCCAACAGAGUCACCAUUGCCACACCGUCGAGGGCGACCGGGCGCUGAUAGAAACAGACAUCAAGCUGGUCAAUAUAAUCUUAGGAAUUCCGAUUUAGAAGCAAGCAAUGCUCAGGAUGAUGCUCCUCCAAAAUAUACACCACCUCCAUCAUACACAACAGCAACGGGAGCACGUUUAGCAAAGAUCUUACGUCAAAGCAUAAGGCGAAGUGUCAGACGAUUUUUGGGUGAACCAAGUAGGCCACGACCAAUCCUAUCUCUUGAAUCAGCCGAUAACAGUCUUCCACCUGAUUAUUCUACAGUCCUGUCGAAUCCAGCUGGUGUUGAUAAUCAGACUGAAAACAUUGAAAUCCGUCCGAGACCACUAUACAAUAGUUACACACAGCGAAGCCUUUCAUUAGGAAGAAAUUUAAGAGGAGCUCAUAAAAUCGAUCGAUCCAGUGAACCUCGACCUUCAUCAGCUGGAACAACUAUAUUAUCAAGAUCAAGGCAACCUUAUACGGCAUUUGAUGUUGCUAACGUUUUACGAACUUCAACUCGUCGUCGUGAAUCUGGAUCGAAUUCGAUUUCAUCGAGAAUCGAUCAAUCAUUGCGAAACAAGACAAGUUGGUCAGUUGAAAAUCUAGUGAUCAAUGCAGCACCACUUGGAGAAAGCAAUGCAAUUACACUAAGUGCUUCCCCGACAGAAGACUCAUCAAGCGAUCACAACCCACCGGAUAUGUUAGAUAAUAACGAAAAUACAUCUGUGAUUUGAAUCUCCCCAUUAAACGAAAAUGUUUCUCUCCUCUGGUUAGUCCAGCAUUGGACUUAACUUUAAUAUUGCAAUAAAGAGAGCCUUAUGUUAGACAGUAAUUUAAUGUUAUUUAUACAUAAAUAGAAGCGUGGAAAAACAAUAAUAUUGUUAUUUGUAAAAUGUAAAGUGCAUAAUAAAAUUAACUAUUAGACUUAGAAUAAAAUGUUAAAA